AUGAAUAAUUCGAUUUCUUCUUAGUAAAUUGACCCUAAGAAUAAACAUAUCAUAUAGGAUUAAUCAAAUGUUUUCUAAAUUGAAAAGAGAUCAACUUCAAAGAUGUUUUGGAAUAAAAGAGUCAUUUAAUUAUAAAAUGGUAUGCUUAGUUAUUUCAAAGUACCAAAAUGUAUGUUAAAAUUUAUGAUAAAAUAGAGAUGAAUGAUUUAUAUAAAAUGUAACCCAAGAUAUCAGUUAUAAUAGAGAAUAUAUUAUCUAUUGGUCCUCCAGAAAAAGCUAAAAAGUAAAAUUCAAUUGAAAUUACUUUUAUGGCAAAAGAUGCAAUCUUUCCUUCAAAAAUGAAAAAUAGAAGCACAAAUAUGAGUGUUAAUAGUAGUUAUGGAAGAGACUUGAUGGCUGCUUAAUAACCAAUAGUAAUUACAAAGAAGAAAGAAAUAAUUAUAUGGGAGAUUGCAUUUCCUAAACCAGAAAUUGUAAAAGAAUUUACUCAAAUAAUUGAUAAAAUUAAGCAUCCUGAAAAAUAUCAAUAAUAAGAAUAAUAAGUUUAAUAAUAAUAACCAUAAUAAUUAUAAUAACAAUAACCAUAAUAAUCAUCUUAAAUAUAAUCUGAAAUUGAAAAGUAGAAAAGCAUUAUAUAAGAUACUAAUGAAAAGGAGAAUUAAUAAAAAGAAGUCUAAUAAUAGAUUUAAUCUUAAAUUGAUAAAUAAGAAUCUGAAUAAUAAUUAAAAUAGGAAGAAAUAUAAAUAUAAUCACAAAAAGAGAAGGAAAUUAAUUAGUCAGAAAUGGAGAGUAGAAUAGAGAGGGAAUAACAAUUAGAAGAAGAAAAUAAAUAAUAAUAAUAAAAGAAAGUGGAGGAAUAAAAAAAAUAAGAAUUAUAAGUAUAGAAUAAGGAAGAAUCUAAAAAAAAUAUUGUGAAGAAUAGAAUAAAAACAGCAUGGAAUUAUAAUUAUUUAUAAGCUAUAGAAUUAGCAAAUGUGAAGGAUCCAAAAAGUAUUGAAGAAUGUAUCACAAAUAGUUUUGCAUUACAUGAAUCCAUAGGAAGAAUGAGAGAUCAUGCUAUGGAUAUUUGUUAAAUUAUUAUUGAUGAAUUAUGUUUGCCAAAUUAAAUGAAAACAAUAAAACCUACAGAUUGUUUAAAUGAGGAUAAAUAUAUAAUGUAUAGUUAAUAAGAUAAUACUAUUGAUUUUGGAGAUGAUUUCUAUUGUUAAGAUGGAUUAUUCAUAAAAUUAUCAUUUUGUUAAUUAAAAUCUUAAGAAAUACAUACUUAAAAAGGUAAAUAAGAAAUAUAAAUUUAUGAAGAGUCUUAACUUAAGGCUUUAGGAAAUGGUAAAUAUUGAUAAUAUUUAAGAUAGAAUUUCGUUAUCUAUCAUUAUUAGCUGAAUAGAUUGAACUUUUAAUUUAAGAGGAAUCUAAUUAUCCUUUAAGAGUUCCAUUAUCAUGUAUAAUAGAUUAUAAAGGAAUCAGAGCAUUUGUUAUGGCAAUUCCUCCAAUAGAUGAUUCUACUUUAAUUCAUGGUCCAACAUUUGAUGGUUAAUUUGUAACAAAUAAUGCAAUUCAAUAAUAUAUGAAUUAAAUUAGUAUUAGAUUAAAUCUAAAAUAACAUAAAUUCUUUGAAGAUGAUAUGAUUAGUAAUAUAAUACCUAUGAGUCUAUUUUAAGAAGUUCAUAAAAUAAAUAAAGAAUAUAUUGAAUUAAGAUGGAUUGAAAAUGAAUAAAAUAUUAAUGAAUUCCCACCUUAGAAUUUAUCCUUAUAUUAUCUAUUAAAAUGUGGAGAUUUGAUGCCUGUUAUACUUUAAGAAAAUGUAUAAAAUACUUCCAGAUUAAGACCAGAAUUUGUUAGAAGUUGGAAUAAACCAUUAAAUUCAGAUGCAUAUUUGAAAUAGAUUAAAUUAUCUGAAACUGAAGUAGAUUAUAAUGAAUUAAUGUAAGCAUCUAAUUUUCUAUAAAAUUAAUAAUUAAAUGAACUUAUUAAGAAAUUUGAAUCUCUUGAAUAAUUACCUAUUGAUUCUAAUUAAUUGAGUGAACAAUUACAUUAAUCAGGUAUUAAUAUUAAAUAUAUUGGUAAAAUUUGUUAGAUGUGUUAAUUAUAACAUAUAAAAGAUCUAUGUAUUUGUGAUAUGAUUAGUAGAGUAUGUAAGAAAGUUUUAAGAAAUAAUGUAGCUGAUUUAAUGAAGAAUUUGAAAUAUUAGUUAUCUUAAAAAUUAUAAAGUGAUUAAUCUAACAUUUUAGAAUUUUCAAUGAUUUAAGAAUUAAAUACAAAAGAUGUUUAAGAUAUUAAAAUUGUAUUAGAAUUAUCAUCUAAAUUAAUAAAUGAAAGUUGUCUUGACUUUUUGAAUCUACUUUUAGGUGUUGGAAAAGAAUCAGAUUUAUUUUGGAUUUAAAUCAUAUAAAAAUAAAUAUGGUAUGAUUAUUAAUAUAAUCUUGAUGUUAUAACUAGAUUUUCUAUCUAAUAUAAAUGUAUGUUACUCUAUUGUCUACAAUAACAAUUAGAUAUAUCUUUCACUAUAUCACCAUCCUUAAUCAAUGGUAUGUUUAAGGAAUCAUUUCCUUUAAAGGAAAAACCUUAAUUUAAUCUUUAAUAAAAGUCUUAUUUAUUGAAUACAUCAAAAAUAGCUAGAAAAUCUAAAAGAAAGAAUAUUAUGAAUCAAGAAUAAUUAUUUCAAUCUAUUAAAUGGUCUUUAGAAUUAUGUCUAUUAAGAAAGGAAGGAGAUGAUGAAUUUGCUAAUUUAUUAUGUGAGGAAAGUUGUGAAAAUGCUAAUAAAGCUCUUUGUUUUACAAAACCUGGUCAUCCAAGUUAAAUUAAACCUCUUUUGUAAAUCAUUCAAGUAAAUAUGAAUAAUCUAGAUAUUGCACUAUAAUAUUUUGAAUAAAUUCUUUAAAUUUUAGAUUCCUAUUUUGGACCAUCUCAUCCUUAUUAUUUUAUUAUAUACUCUAUUUUUGGACAUUAUUUAAAGGAAUGUGGUUAUUUCAAUGAUACAUUAAAUUUAUAUGAAAGUGCAUUAAAAUGUGCAAUUCGUUUAUUUUAGAAUCAUUAAUGCAUAGCUGAUAUCUAUUCAGAUAUUGGUUAAAUGUACUUUUUUAAAAAGGACUAUAACAAUGCAUCAAUCAAUUACAAUAAGGCAAUAUCAAUCUAUGAAAAAUGCAAUCAAUAUCAAUCUUUUAAAUAUGCAAAUAUUCUAUUAUUAUAAGGCUAAUUACUUUACAAUCAAUAACUUUAUGAAUAGGCAUGUUAGUAAAUUGAAGCUGCAAUAGAUAUUUUAUAUUAAUUUGAAUAUUCAUAAAUUGAUCUCUUAAUUGAGGCAAUUAAAUUAUUAAUACAAAUUUGUAAUUCAUAAAAUAAACAAAACAAAAUUAAUUAAUUAAAUUUGUAACUUUAACUUUUUUAGAUGAGACAUUCUAUUAUGUAAUGA